UGCAAAUGCAAGCAAGCAUCUCUUUAGAACAGAACCGAACCAUAUUGAGAAGGUUAUAAAUACAUAAAUCAUAUUUAACUUUCUUCUCUUGAUCACUACUGCUUGUCACCACUUGAUCAUUAAAACAAAAAAGAGAAGAGAGAAACGAAUCAAUGGCUGAUGCUGCAGUGGGUUUUGUAGUGGAGAAACUUGGUAAUUUGAUUGUUCAAGAAGCCAUCAAUUUGCAUGGAGUGAAAGACGAAGUGGAGUGGUUGAAAGAAGAACUGGAGACAAUGCAGUGCUUCUUAAAAGAUGCAGAUGCAAAGAAGAACAAGGGAGAUGAUGAGAGGGUCAAGAACUGGGUCGCAAAAAUGAGAGAUGUGGCUUUUAAAGCUGAGGACAUCAUUGACACUUUCAUGUAUUACAAGCUGCGUAGACAACAGGGGCAGCCUGGUUGCAUUGGUUUCAUCAAGAGGUUUGUAUUUAUGUUUGAUGAAUUGGUCAGACACAAGGUUCAUGUGGAUGUUAAAGGGAUAAAAGUUAAGUUGCACCAGUUAUCUGAAAGUAAAGAUCUAUAUGGCAUUGCUAAUAUAGGUGAAACAUUUGGCACAACUAGUCAACAUGUGAUCCCUAUAUCGCCUCAACUGAGUGAUGACAUUGAUAUGGUUGGCUUUGAUGAUGAGAAGAAAAAGAUUGUGCAAGAGUUGGUUGACAUAAACAAUGCAAAUCGGGCAGUGAUCUCUAUAGUGGGUAUGGGUGGUCUGGGAAAGACCACACUUGCUAAAUCUGUUUAUAAUGAUCUUGAAGUCAAGAGAAGUUUUAAUAUAUUUGCAUGGGUAAUCAUAUCUCAACAAUAUACUAUCUUUGAGAUUUUGAAGGGAAUCUUGUCAGAACAGUCAAAAACUUCACCAGAAGAUACAAUCCAAACCCUUUCUGAAAAAGUUUAUGAGAAAUUAAGAAAAGGCAAGUACUUGGUUGUCCUUGAUGAUGUUUGGAAAGAAGAUGCAUGGACUGAAUUACUAAAGGUCUUUCCAGAUGUUAAUAAUGGAAGCAGAGUUAUUAUCACCACUCGCUUCGUAAAUGUUGCUAAGAUUGCAAAUCCUACCACCAAACCACAUGAAUUACGUUGCUUAGAUGAAAAGGAAAGUCUGGAGUUGUUUCUUCGCAAGGUCUUCCCAAAUCAAAAAGUUGAAACAUGUUGCCCAACAUAUUUGGUUGAUUAUGCUCAUCAACUUGUUCAAAGGUGUGGGGGUCUACCACUAGCACUAGUAGUUCUUGGAGGACUUGUCUCAACGAAACCACAAACCCAAGAUGCAUGGCGGAAAGUUGUUGAGAGCAUGAAAGGGCAAUUUGUGGAAGGUGGAGAAAGGUGUUUAGAAAUAAUUGCAUUGAGUUACAAUGAUUUGCCAUAUUACUUGAAAUCAUGUUUUCUUUAUUUUGGUUGCUUCAAAGAGGACAGGACUAUUUUUGCAAAAAAAUUAAUUAGAUUUUGGUUGGCAGAAGGUUUCUUACCAGCAAAAAAUGGUAAGGCCACAGAAGAAAUUGGAUUGGAUUGUCUGGAGGAGUUGGCACAAAGAAGUUUGAUCCAAGUUACCAACCGAAAAUAUGAUGAUAGUGUACGAUAUUGCCGAAUCCAUGAUCUCUUGCGUGAUGUGUGCAUUAGGGAAGCCAAAGAGAACAGAUUUCUUGAAAUUUACCAAAAUGACACUGCAAAUUGUGCAGCCCGACGACUGAUUAUAUUUAAUGAGAUUGAGACUCUAAACUAUUCUAACUCAAAGUUGCGGGGUCUAUUCUAUGGCAAUAGUAAUAAUCUUCUGCCUUUUAGAGCUCUGCAAGGACAACUUGGCAGAUUUAAAUUAUUAAGAGUGCUUCUUUUGGCUAGUUCGGAUAUAUCAGAAUUUCCUAGUGAAAUCAAAUCAUUAAUUCAUUUAAGAUAUCUUGAGUUGGAAAUUUGGGAUCUGAAGGAAGUUCCAUCAUGGAUUGGUCAUCUCCGCAAUCUCCAGACUUUUAUUCUAUUUUGUGGAAAUUUAAAAAAGAUAUCAGAUUCACUCUGGACAAUUGGCAAUCUAAGGCAUGUUAAUCUACCAAGCUUGUUAUUAAGGGCAUCAAGGCCUCCUCCUCCAAAUAUGGGAAAUAAUGUACCAAAGAAUUUGCAGACUUUAAAAUGGGUAUAUGCUGGAUCAUGGAUAGGGAAUGCACUUCCAAAGCUCACAAACCUACGCAAAUUGUGCAUUUAUGGAGUCUCUAAUGAUGAUGCCGAUGCCCUAUCUUCAUCACUCCAGAAAUUGGGUCGUCUUACCUCCUUUUCUAUAGAUGGAAAUGAAAUUCCUUCGGACAACAUCAUUACAGCCUUUUCCAAUCAACACUGCCUCAAGAAAUUGUCUCUUAGUGGAAGUUUGAACCGCAAACAGCUUCCACACAAUGAUGUAUUUCCCCAACAACUAGUGGAUCUAUGUCUGAUAGAUUCUGGAUUGGAGCAAGACCCAAUGGCAACACUAGGGAAGCUGCCAUGUCUCAAAUAUCUACAACUCGGGCGUGAUGCAUAUAUAGGCAAACAGAUGAUAUGUUCGGCAACAGGUUUCCCUCAACUGUUAUCCUUGGAGAUUUCGCGUCUUUAUGAACUUGAGGAGUGGAAGAUAGAGGAGAAGGCAAUGUCAUGCCUCAAGUCUUUGUGGAUCAGCAGCUGUGGAAGAUUGAAGAUGAUUCCAGAAGGACUGAAGAAUGUGCCACUUGAUCAAUUGGAGAUAUUCUUUAUGCCUGAGGAAUUCGAGACUAGGAUGAAGGAGAAUAUAGGAGAAGACUGGUACAAGAUACAACAUGUGCCCAACAUCUCCAUUAUUUAAUAAUAUUAAGAGCCGAGCCGCGUGCGUGAGGAGUGCUUUUGGACUUCAAAGGAGCUCCAUAUAUUUAUAUAUGAACUCUACUUCAAUUAAUGUUUGUGUGGAUGUUUGUGUGGA